CACGUGACACACCAAACCAAAAUGGCCGCUCCUGUAUUUUGACGUAUAACAGCUAGCUAGUAGCCACUUUUCUAUUUGUUUCAUUCUUAGCGGAAUACCCUUGAACAAAAUAUAUUUUGGGUAAACCGCCUCUACCCAUCUACAUAGCCUCGGUUUUAUAACUUUUACCUUAAAGACAAUCCAGACUGACACUUCUUUGUUUAACGAGUGACUAUGCUGUGGUUGUAGAAGCGGCUAGCUUCUAGCUGGCUCUGGCUGGCACAUAUAGACGGCUCAGAGAAUAUAAAGAACACACUUCACAAAGGAACCAUGGAGGAGCUCAGUGCCGAUGAGAUCCGCAGAAGGCGCCUGGCCAGACUGGCAGGAGGACCGACCUCUCAGCCUAGCACCCCUCUCAGCACACCCCUGACCUCCCCACAAAGAGAGACCCCGCCGGGGCCCCUACCUGGACCCUCAGGAGCCACAUCCCAGCCCCUGCCCCCGGCCGCCUCUCAGGCCCUGGGGCUCAAUGUCCACAGUGGGACCCCGGCCACAUCCCCCAUGGGGGCCUCUGGGGUUGUCUAUGGGAGUCAGAGCAGUGAAGGAGUGAGUUCUCUCUCCAGCUCCCCCUCCAACAGCCUGGAGACUCAGUCCCAAAGCCUGUCCCGUUCCCAGAGCAUGGACAUCGACACCGCCUCCUGUGAAAAGAGCAUGUCCCAGGUGGAUGUGGACUCGGGCAUCGAGAACAUGGAGGUGGACGAGAGCGACCGCAGGGAGAAGAGGACCCUGGCUGAGAAGGAGUCCUCGGCCAACUCAGAUGUCUCUGAAGAGCAGGCUCUGCAGCUCAUCUGUAGGAUCCUCCGCGUGUCCUGGAAGGAGCCGGACCGCGACGUCAUCUAUCUCCCCUCGCUGGCCGCCGAGUUCCACCAGAGCCCUAAAGACGUGUACUCUGACUUCAAGGACCUGAUUGGCCAGAUCCUGAUGGAGGCGCUCCUGAUGUCCAGCCAGUCCCGCGUCCCCAACCCCUUCUCCAGCCUGACGGCCACCUCCCAGCCCAUCGCCGCCGCCAAGUCCCCCGACCGCCGGCUGACCCUGGUGCCCCCCCCCAGCCAGGGCAGCAGUCCCAUGGCCCCCUGCGCGGGCUCCUUCGGCGCCAGCUCUCUGUCCAGUCUGUACGGGUGCAGCCCCCACCCCGGUACCCUGAACCCAGCCAGGAUGCCCCCCCCCCCCGUCACCAGCCCCUCCUCCCCCGCCGUCCCGGCCACCCCCCCUGGCCUGCACUUCAUCGUGCCCCCGAGCCCCCCGGCCCCCGCCCGGCUCACUCUGAGCCCCCCCAGCGCCCCCCUCCCCGUCUCCCAGCGGUACCGGCCCUACUCGGUCACCUCCCCCUGGGCGGUGCCCGCCCCGCCCAGCCCCGGCUUCAGGCGCGCCCCCCCGCCCCCCCCCGGGGCCCCCCCCAGCCCCUUAGGCCUCACCGUGCCCCCCGGCCCCCCGGCCCCGCCCAAUCCCAUUCCCACCCCUUACCCCUCCCCCUUACCCCUCCCCCUUACCCCUCCCUCUUACCCCUCCCCCUUACCCCUCCCCCUUACCCCCAUCGCUCCUCUUCCUCCCCCUCUGUCCUGUCCUGCUCCUCUUCCUCCUCUGCUCUCGGGCAGCCCCCUCUCCUUCCUCUUCUUUGCACUUUCUGACAUGUCUCGGGACAGCAGUGACGAAGAGUCUGAGGAAGAGGAGGAUUUUACACAGGUCCAAUUUGGGUCCAGUGCGGGGGCGUCAGGAGGGGGCGGCGAGGCAGCCAGCGACCGCUUCACCAUCGAAGUGUGCAAGGAGACGGAGAUGCUGAACUACCUCAUCGAGCGCUUUGACAAUGUGGGCAUAGAAGAGAAGAAGGCGCCCAAGAUAUGCAGCCAUCCCAGCGUCAGCCAGCUGAUGAGCAACAUACGCUCACAAUGUAUUUCUCACGCCACCCUGGUACUGCAAGGCUCCCUGACCCAGCCCAGGAGUCCCCUGCAGGAGUCCCUUCUGGUCCCCUACAUGCUGUGCCGGAACCUUCCGUACGGGUUCCUCCAGGAGCUGGUGCGCAUGACCCACCAGGAGGAGGGCGUCUUCAGACAGAUAUUUAUCCCCAUCCUACAUGGGCUGGCCCUGGCAGUCAAAGAGUGCUCUUUUGACAGCGACAACUUCAAGUUCCCCCUCAUGGCAUUAGCUGAGCUCUGUGAAAUCAAGUUUGGAAAGACUCAUCCUGUGUGCAAUUUGAUGACGUCUCUGCCCCUGUGGUGCCCCACCCCCCUGAGCCCGGGCUGUGGCAGGGAGCUCCAGAGACUGUCCUACAUCGGGACCUUCUUCAGCCUGUCGGUCUUCGCCGAGGACGACUCCAAAGUGGGGGACAAGUACUUCUCUGGGCCGGCCAUCACCAUGGAGAACACCCGGGUGGUCAGCCAGUCCCUCCAGCACUACCUGGAGUCGGCCCGGGGCGACCUGUUCAAGAUCCUCCACAACAUCCUGUUGAACGGAGAGACCCGGGAGUCGGCCCUCAACUACAUGGCAGCUCUGGUCAAAUCGAAUGUGAAGAAGGCUCAGAUGCAGACGGACGACAAGCUGGUGUCCACGGACGGCCUGAUGCUGAACUUCCUGUGGGUGGUGCAGCAGCUGAGCAUGAAGAUCAAGCUGGAGACGGUGGACCCCUUCUACAUCUUCCACCCGCGCUGCCGGCUGGUGGUCUGCCCCGAGGAGACGCGCCUCAAGGCCACCAUGGAGGAGCUCAAGAGCUGGCUGGCCGGCCUGAAAGACGACCCCUCUGCGUUCUCUGAGCCCAAGUUCCCCACGGAGUGCUUCUUCCUGACGCUGCACGCCCACCACCUCUCCAUCCUGCCCGCCUGCCGCCGCUACAUCCGACGCCUCAGGGCCAUCCGGGAGCUCAACAGGACGGUGGAGGAGCUGAAGAACAGCGAGAGCCAAUGGAAGGACUCUCCUCUGGCCAGUAGACACAGAGAGAUGCUGAAGAGGUGCAAAACACAGCUCAAGAAACUGGUGCGGGCCAAGGCCUGUGCGGACGCCGGCCUCCUGGACGAGAACCUGCUGCGUCGAUGCCUCCAGUUCUACAGCACCGUCAUCCAGCUCAUCCUGCGCAUGGUGGACCCUGCUUACCCCCACAUGAGCCUGCCGCUGAACCCAGACAUCCCCAAGAGCUUCGCCGCGCUGCCGGAGUUCUACAUCGAAGACGUGGCCGAGUUCCUGCUCUUCGUCGUGCAGUAUUCUCCCCAGGUGCUGUACGAGCCCUGUGUGCAGGACGUGGUCACCUUCCUGGUGGUGUUCAUCUGCAGCCAGAACUACAUCAGGAACCCCUACCUGAUCGCCAAGCUGGUGGAGGUUCUGUUCGUCACCAACCCGGCCGUUCAGCCGCGCACGCAGCGCUUCUUCGAGAUGAUGGAGAGCCACCCGCUGGCCGUCAAGCAGCUGGUGCCCGCCCUCAUGAAGUUCUACACCGAUGUGGAGCACACGGGCGCCACCAGCGAGUUCUACGACAAGUUCACCAUCCGCUACCACAUCAGCACCAUCUUCAAGAGCCUGUGGCAGAACGCCGGCCACCACGGGACCUUCCUGGAGGAGUUCAACUCCGGGAAGCAGUUUGUGCGCUACAUCAACAUGCUGAUAAACGACACCACCUUCCUGCUGGACGAGAGCCUGGAGUCCCUGAAGCGCAUCCACGAGGUGCAGGAGGAGAUGAAGAACAAGGAGCAGUGGGACCAGCUGCCCCGGGAGCAGCAGCAGACCCGGCAGUCCCAGCUGACGCAGGACGAGAGGGUCUCCCGCUCCUACCUGGCCCUGGCCACCGAGACCGUGGACAUGUUCCACAUCCUCACCAAGCAGGUCCAGAAGCCCUUCCUCAGGCCUGAGCUGGGCCCCCGUCUCGCCGCCAUGCUCAACUUCAACCUGCAGCAGCUCUGCGGGCCCAAGUGCCGAGACCUGAAGGUGGAGAACCCAGAGAAGUACGGCUUCGAGCCCAAGAAGCUGCUCGACCAGCUCACCGACAUCUACCUGCAGCUCGACUGCGCUCGCUUCGCCAAGGCCAUCGCUGACGACCAGCGCUCGUACAGCCGCGAGCUCUUCGAGGAGGUCAUCUCCAAGAUGAAGAAGGCGGGCAUCAAGUCCACCAUCGCCAUCGAGAAGUUCAAGCUGCUGUCGGAGAAGGUGGAGGAGAUAGUGGCCAAGAACUCCCAGUCGGAGAUGGACUACAGCGACGCUCCGGACGAGUUCAAAGACCCUCUGAUGGACACCUUGAUGAGCGACCCGGUGAUCCUGCCCUCUGGGAACGUCAUGGACCGCUCCGUCAUCCUGCGCCACCUCCUCAACUCGCCCACCGACCCCUUCAACCGCCAGCCGCUCACCGAGAGCAUGCUGGAGUCAGUCCCAGAGCUGAAGGAGCGCAUCCAGGCCUGGAUGAGGGAGAAGCAGGGAGGCCGUCUGCUCUAGGAACCUCCUGCAACCAUUUCCCUGUCAAUCAGCCCCCCGCCUCCCCCCCCCCCCCCCCACACACAGACGCACACAAACGCUGCUCGCCCGGCGAACCACCGCCAAGGGGACGUCAUCCGACUGAAGUCAGAGUCACCACUGUAACCACAGCAACGACAACAAAACAUUCUGGACAUUAAAAAAAAGUUUUUUGAUUUUACCCGCAUUCUUUUUUUUUUCUUUAUCUUAUUUUUGUUGUCUCAGACCCUUGUUUGAAGGUCCUCAAAAAUAACAAAGCAUAAUAAAGUUACAACUUUUGAAAGGGUUUCUGUUUGGGCCUUUUG